AUGUCUCAAUCCCUUCGACCCUACCUCCAGGCUGUCCGGAGCAGUUUAACGGCCGCCCUGACGCUGUCCAACUUCGCUUCUCAAACCGCCGAACGACACAAUGUCCCCGAGAUCGAGGCGCAAAGCUCCCCCGAAGUCCUCCUGACCCCCUUGACCAUCGCCCGAAACGAGAAUGAGCGAGUCCUGAUCGAGCCGAGCAUCAACUCCGUGCGCAUAUCCAUCAAGAUCAAGCAGGCCGACGAGAUCGAACACAUCCUAGUCCACAAGUUCACCCGUUUCCUAACACAGAGAGCCGAGUCUUUCUUCAUCCUGCGGAGAAAGCCCAUUAAGGGAUACGACAUUUCGUUCUUGAUUACCAACUUCCACACUGAGGAGAUGCUGAAGCAUAAGCUGGUGGACUUUAUCAUUCAAUUUAUGGAAGAAGUCGACAAGGAGAUUUCGGAGAUGAAGCUCUUUUUGAACGCCAGAGCUAGAUUCGUUGCUGAAUCUUUCCUGACUCCGUUCGAUUAA